AAUCUGCUCCAAGUGGCGGAGAGGAGACCUCACAAAUGGGAUUGGACGAUUCCAAUAGAUUGUUCAUGGAAAUCCAUUGGCAUCAUUCAAUCUCAUUUGUGAUGGAUAAUUCUUCCACUUCUACUUUCGUGGAAGAAAGUCGUAAAGCGGUCAGGAUGUUGGAAGGUCUGCUAUAGAGAGGUGUUUUCAUAAGCUAAAGUUCGUUUCUCUACCGUUGUGUGUGUGAUGGCGCUGAGAUAGGAAAUCUUCAAAUCUACAUCAUUGCUUCUGAAGCCCCAAUUUUGGGUGACAAAAUAAUGCACUGGAUAUCCAGUUUACUCCACCCUGGUCUACUCUGUAGUCGUGAUGAAGAUAGAGAUUGAGAUUUUGCUAAAAAAAAUCUCAAUAACAUAAUAAUCGACUAUGGGGCUCCACGUGUACAGCAUAUAAACCAGUAUAAACAAAGAGGAAAUAUACAAUGCACAGGUAAAACAUGAAAUAAUCUGAACGGAAGUUUCAACAUGAAUCAUCAGCGACCCACUACGCCAGAUCAUGUUCACAGUCCCACUCUUACAACUUCUCGAUUGAAGGAAAUAGGGUCGUUUUAUGAUCAUGUGGCCAUGAGGUUAGAUUCUCUGUCCCGAACCUACAUUAUAUGUAGUGUACCACCACCCUUGUUCCCCCUAUGCGUAGAAGGUGCAAUAUAAUUGUUAUGAGAUCACGGUGAGAACGUUGAUUUAGAAAAGCGUUAUAAAGGAUGGAGGUAACCAGUACGCCAGUCAUUCAAUGUAUGUAACGUAUACCUCAUCAGUGCAUCGAUUAAAAUCAUAGAAUACAAAAGUGGUUUCUCAUACGCAAUGGACAAACAAACAGAUUCGAACAAAGAACUAGAAUAUUGGAUGACACAACUUCCGGCAGCUAUAAAAAAUGUAUCUAUAAUACAAUUGGCAAUACCCGGUUCUCAUAAUACGAUGACUUAUACUAUAAAUCGUCGCAAUGACGUAGGGCCGGAUGCACCAAACUACGUUAGAGCCCUCGGCCGCUACUGCUCACUCGUUUCAAAACCCAUUAUUUUUAAUUGGUCUAUUACGCAACACGACAAUAUCAAGGAUCAGCUCAAUGGAGGAAUCCGAUACUUAGAUUUUCGUGUUGCAACAAAACCAACGAAUGGAGAUAUUUAUUUCGUGCAUGGCUUAUAUGGAUCAACAAUAUACCAACCAUUACAAGAAAUAACGGAAUGGCUAUCUUCCCACAAGAAUGAAAUUCUAAUCAUAGAUUUUCAACACUUCUAUUCGUUCUCAGAAGUAAAUCAUCGCCAUCUUGUUGACACAAUUCUCCAUGUGUUUCAAAGAAAGUUGUGUCCACUUGCUUCUAGCUUUGAUCACAUAACACUUAAUUGGCUUAAUUCAGAAAGGUAUCAAGUAAUUGUUAUUUAUAGAAAUAGUUUUGCGCAAAACUAUUCAAACUUGUGGCCCAGUGGAUUAUGGAAAACACCUUGGCCUAACACUGUUCGUGUUAGUGAACUUGUAGAUUUUUUAAAUCUUGAACUUGAAGCGAGAUCAUUCCAAAUUGCUUUCAUAUCACAAUGUAUUUUAACUCCAGACAUUCAAUAUGUAUUAAAGCAUUUAUGUGGUACGUUACAGAGGAAUUUGGUAGCUUCGUGUCAAAAAACGAUUUUAUCUUGGAUAAGUCAGAAGCGACCUGGCCGAGGUGGAUUAAAUAUUGUUAUUGCUGAUUUUGUAUCAGAUAAUAAUUUUAUAUUCUGUAAGACAGUUAUUGAAAACAAUAGAAAGUUUUCUCAUUUAUAGUACUCUAUGUACAGUAGUUUGUACCUAAAUGUAUAGUGUACAAAGUAAUUGGAAUAAGUUUUGAUAUGUUUUUGGAUAUGUGUACAUUAUAUUCCUGUAAAUUUCU